AUGCGAGGCUGCUCCUCGGCGUGCCUCAUCUGGGCCUCUCUCUCGGACAGCAGGCGCGUCCCUGGCCCCGCAGCCCGCUGGCUCGCGCGCAACCGCGCCUGGGCGGCCUGGCUGUGGGCGCCCGUCGGCGCCGCCGCGGUCGCGGCCAACGUGCUGUACCCGGCCGCGCGGGGCGGCGUCAACGAGACCAUCUACCUGGCCACCACCUCGCUGGCUAUCGCCACCCUCUUUUUGAACGAGGUCCUGCGCGCCCCGCGCGGCAGCAAGGAGGCGCGCCACGUGCGGGCCGCCGGGUGCAUCGCGGCCGCCACGGCGGCGCUGGGGGUGCCGGCGGAUCACGCGCUGCGGGCGGCGACGGGCGGCUGGUUCAGCGCGCAGCACGCAACCUUUCUGGGGUGCGACCUGGCGUUCGCGGCGGUCCGGGCUUACCUGUUUGCCAAGCGGGCGCGCCUGGCCAAGGCCGUGUGA